AUGACCACGCAGAGAGACGGCGUGAAUCCGCUACGGCCCUACUACAGGGCGCCUGUCAUAGGCGAGACGACGGAUCCCGCGUCGGCAUCCAGCGCAAACCCCUUCGCUGUGGGCAAUGUGACGGGGACUGCCCGCUACGCAUCUAAGGCGCGCGAUGUGCUUGCCGAUAUCGAUUACAAGGACUAUUUGAACGACUCGUCGCCGUCGGUGAUACAGAAUGCCAAGGAGCUGGUAGAAGAGCUGAUAUGGAAGUACACGUCCGUGUUGAUGGCCCAGCCUUUCGAGGUGGCAAAGACUAUUUUGCAAGCUCGUGAUCAGGAUGAGAAUGCUGUCUGGGCAACUACAGAGCCAGGGGGCUUGAAGAGGCAAGGCUCUAGCCAGGCAGGCUCAAUAUACGACUAUAAUGAUUCCGACUCCGAAGGCGAUGAGGCCGCGUUCUUCACCUCUAAUACGCCCGUCACGCCCACCCCGUCAUAUAACAGAAGCUCAGGCAAUCGUCGUGUAACAUCACCGCUGCAGUCACAGGCCCCCAAACGGCCCAUCAUUCCGGAGCAUUACAUUACUAUUCGCAGACCAGACUCGAUUCUUGACGUCAUCGGGCAACUCUGGCAAAAGGAUGGCGCGUGGGGUGUUUGGAAGGGCUCAAAUGCCACUUUUCUGUAUACUGUGCUUCAAUCUUUGCUUGAAAACUGGUCGAGAAGCUUUCUCAGCGCCAUUUUCAACGUUCCCGAUCUGGGUGUUAAGGACGACAUUGAUCGGUUGAUUGACAUUGCGUCACCAUACCCUUGGGCCUCGCUGUUUGUAGCUGCUACUGCUGCAGUUGCGACUGGUGUACUCUUGUCUCCCCUGGAUAUUGUGCGCACAAGACUCAUCAUGACCCCAAUUUCCAAAGGACAGCGCCGAACACUUGCUACCCUUCGGGCUCUCCCUUCCUACCUUUGCCCGUCGGCAAUCGCAAUCCCGACUGUUCUGAACUCUCUUAUACACCCCCUCCUGACACUCUCGACGCCACUGGUGCUCCGAACUCGCUUCCUGAUUGACAGUCAAGUAUCACCAAUGACAUUCUCUGUGGCCAAGUUCUUUGCUUCUUCAGCUGCUAUUCUUAUCAAAUUGCCUAUUGAAACCACACUGCGGCGCGGCCAGAUGGCCGUUCUCUGUAGCCCAGAUUAUAUCAAAGCUCUUGGAGGAACAGAACAGAAGCUCGACACCAUCGUGCCUAUUGGCCGAUACAACGGCACCAUUGGCACUAUGUACCACAUCGCUUCAGAAGAAGGCACUCGCGAGAACCCAGCCAUAUCCAACCCUGCCGCUAAGAAGGGCAAAGCCAAGACCAAGUCUUUCCAACCUACCCACAUCAAGGGACAAGGCCUGGAAGGUCUCUGGCGAGGCUGGAAAGUGAACUGGUGGGGACUUGUUGGUCUCUGGACAGCAAACGUGGUGGGCAACGGCGGCGAGGGCGAAUUCUAG